GGACGCCCUAUGAUUGUGAGAGAGACAGAGCGACGAAAACGACUCUUGGAAUCAGUCUGCGAAUGGCUCGGCCUGCCAGCACGAGGCUGUUUUGCGAUGUUUAGAGAUCAGAGCAGCGGCUUCAGCAAUUUCCAGCAUAUCCAUUUUUAGGGCCCUACAAUGUUCGUAACUCCACUAAAAAAUGAUGAAACUGUUCAAACGAGUGCAAUGCCGGACUUCGGAAUGCACGUUCGAGUUUGUAAACGAGGAAGUUGGCGCGCUGCCAAGCGGCUGAAAACAAAAGAGCGACGCUUCCUGCGCUUUCUGCUUCUCGCGAAUGUUUACAUACAAACAAACUUCGCUGUCUGCCCGUCCAGUUUUGCCCGAUCUCACGAACUGUCACAACUUUUAGUGUAUGCUUCGCCAUUCGGCGCGCUGUUGCAAUGGAAGCUUAGGAACUGGCGAAUCCUAUGAGACAUGGCUGAUGCAGCCUUCAAUCAUUUUGUUGUUUUCGAAAAAUCACCAUUCAUAAAGGUCCUGGCAGGAUGCAUGGUGCUAAAAGAGUCAUUGCCUUUUGCCUCCUUAUUGGAGUUCUGCCAGCAGUGCUUCUGAUUAUUCCACUCUACUUGAGGCACAGUGUGUACGCAGAUGUAUCAGUGGCUGUGGCUGAAUCUGAUGUGCUGCGAAUGGUUGACGGAAUAUCGACUGUUUUUUGUCAGGAACAAAGGUUAAAAAUGAAUUCAUCAUUUAAUGCCUUUCAAAUGACAGGCACUCCAGAAAUCAGUAAUAGUCGGAAGCACAUAAGAUUAAAGAAAAGCAUGUCCCUGCCAGAUGACACAUUGGAAUACUGGGGCUUUUAUCUUCCUAAAGGAUCUUCUGUUGUUCUAUCAGUUUGUUCUAGAUUUGAUGGAUCAAGAAUCCUUGUCGUAAAAGGGGAGAAAAAUCUCCAAACUUGUGGUUUAUUGGAGCAUACCUCAAGGAAAGCUGGAGUCCAUAUGGCUAAAGGAGAAGGCCAAGUUCGUGUCAGAUUUGAGACUUAUGCGCAAGAAGUGUUUUCUGACUCCACAGCCCACCUCCGUGAAGCUGCUGAGAUGAAUAGAAAGAGGGUAGAUGAUGAAAAUGUUGGACAGGAAGUAACUGACAAAGAGGAAACUACAACAAACAAGUCUCUUAGUGCUGGGAAUGACACUCUAACAAACAUACCUACAGUCUCUCCAACUAUAGAAAACGGUACAACACAUCCAUCUUUGGUAAGGAGAUCACGCCAUGCAAAAAAGCGCCUGAAGGAACUUAAACAACACCAUUCUCCAAAAAAUAAAGCUUUACAGGAGAAGAAAAAAUUAUUGCUGGAAGAAACUCUACAGUCCAGAGAUUUGGAAGAGGCAGAUGAUGUAGUGGUAAGAGAAAAAAGAUUCUUAAAUCUUGAUCCAAAGAAUGCGCUAGAUGGUGGUAUUGCUCAUGGGGGAAAUGCAAACAAUUACUCUAUUAAAAGCAGUGAAUCAUCUGUCUCCAGCUUUGAAAAUGGUCUUCUUACCUGUUAUGAUGGACAAAUAUUAUUGGCAAGAAGUUUUCCCCCAUCCCAUUUAUGUACAGAUGUUCAUUUUCUUGAAAAGGGAGGUCAUAUGCAGACCACACAUGAAGUUGUUUCUGAUGGAUACUAUUACUACAUUUUUUACAGUGACAAUGACUAUGUUAUGAAUGAUAUUCACACAGUUUUUAAUAUAUAUAAGCCCACUUACCAGUAUGCAAACUACUCCAAGGGGUGUAUUAACAAAACAGAGUGCAAUUUUCCUUUGAGUUUUCUUUCUGCUGAAACCGUCAUUGUGGAAGUUCCUACCAGGGACGGAAUUGAACACGAACAAGAUGAUAUUACUCUAUUGGUGUCCAGUUGUCAUCCUCGUAUGAGUGUUUACAUAAUAUUCCCUGUGGCAGUUCUAUUUCUUAUCUUAGGUUGUGCAUUUCUGUAAGUUCUUAAUAUCUUCAAAUUUUAAAAACUUUUCACUUGAAGUUUUUUUUUUUAAGUUGGAAAAGAGCAGGUAGUAGGUGGCUAAUAAAGGCAUGUGUUGACUUCAAAAUUAAGUCAACUUGAAAUUUUGUAAAACUAGUUUUGACGUGCAUCUUACUUUGCUACUGACAAACUCACAUAUCCUUGUAAGACUAUAUAUUGUGAUUUUUAUGGUGCACUUAUUGACAUGUAUUUCCAAGAUUUAAAUUGAGGAAUCUGCAUAAUAUAGUUGUCCUAUUCUCUACAUAGGAAUGUAUUUUUUAUGCUUUUGAAAAUUGUACCUUCUAUGAGCUGGAUUUUGUUUUAAAAGACUGAAAGCUAUGAUUUUUGGCA